AUCUAAAAUAUUAGUUGGGAAUGCAUCUCCCUUGCCCCAUCGUUCUUCACUUACCGCACCUUGGUCCAUUCCUUUUUUCAAUGAAGGCGGUUCUUCACUUUCUUUUUCCGGUGAAGCAACUCGUCGUUGCACCACUCGCAUGCCGUUCUUCAAUUUCUUUUUCCGAUGAAGCAACACGCCAUCGCACCACUCGCACGCUUUUGCCGGUCCGGUCUGCCGCUGCUCGUGGCCGAGGCCGAGCGCCUGACUUGCCUUCGGAAACCUCUGGAUGGAAGGCCGGCCGUGGUUGCUCCGAGGAUGACCAACCCUACCGGGGCCGAGUGCGCAGUGCUGCCGAGGCGCUCUUUGCUGGUCAUUUGUCCUGGUUCUGUCAAGUAGGCCUUGACGAAGUUGGGCUGGGCCGUCUUCCUGCUGGGCUGGAUACCCCCAUUCCCGGCUUUGCCGUUGAUUUCGUUCACCAUCUCCGUUCGCUUCCGUCGCUGUCGCAGUCCAAUUUGAAGGUUAGUUCCCUCUUCCCCGUUCUCAUGGCGUCAUCUGAUUCCAAUCCUUCCACUCCCGCUGUCGACUCAGCGGUGGUUUGCUUUGAAGAAAUGUAUCGUCAAGAUCCCUCCCUCCGCCCCGACGGCUUGAUGGGAGGAAUUGACCAUUCUAGGGUUUUGAGCGCGGUGCCUCUCCGCACGUCCGUCACCGUGGCGUUGUCGUCUCGGGCGCCGCCCUUGAGAAUGAAGAAAAAGAAAUCGAGGGUUGUCAAGAGGAAGAACCCGAAAUCCUUACCCGUUACCGUGCUGGAAACGGGUCUGAUUACGAAUACGGGUUGUCUUCUGUUGGAUAUUGACUUUGAUGAGGCUCUCCGCUUUGUGGGAGACGGUUACACAGUGCGCCGACCACACACAACCAACCAUGUUUUCGCUGUGACCUGUCCCGACGCCGAGAUCGGGGUGCACGUGGCGUCAAUGCGCUACGGCCUUUGCUUCCCUCCUCACGACCUGAUAGUCCAAUUCUUGAAUUUCUACCUUCUUUUGCCGGGUCAGCUCAGUCCCCACUCCUACUAUUGUUUCUCAAUUUUUCUGAUUAAGUGUCAUCAAAGGGGAGUCCCCUGGUCUUUGGACUUGUUUCGUUAUAUGUUCAAGGUUUCCAAAGUGGGGGCCAAUGAAGGGAAUUCGUAUGCCGUUGUCUCUUCCCAGGCCGAGUUUGGUAUGGCCGUCUUCCCCUCGUCCCUGAAACUUUGGAAGGCCAAGUUUGUCUUCAUUUCUGGCUUUCCCGGGGACCGGCAUCCUUUCCACGCCAGGUUUCCCGAAUGUCACACGUUCAUUCGUCAUCCUCGGCCUGCGGCCACUCCUGAGCUUCAGGCACACGCGCAGAAACUGUUGGAAGACUGUCGGCCUAAACCGCCUCACGUGUAUACGGUGUGUACGGAGCAAGACUUGGCGGAGGUGGGGAUCCUUAUCUCCCUCGAGCGCCAAUUCGAGCUGGUCGAGGCCGUGCUUGGGAGUCGCCCUAAGCACGGGCUUGAGGAGAGUGCCCCGAUGUCGGAAGACAUAGAGUCGGAGGACAACGAAAGGGAAGAUGGCGGGGAAGCCGGAAACGAUGAAGAAUCGUGGCAGCCAUCCUGCUCCGAGGGGGAUGCUGGCCAAGCUGCUGGCUCGAAACCGAGGCCGAGGGCGGAGGUUCAACAAGGACCUUCACUCGUGCACGCAACUGGUUCUACUCCCUCGGCCCGGACUCAGGAAGCGACUCCGACUCGGAGUCACAGAAAGAGGAAGCUCAUCCAGGUCGAGGACGAGGAAACCGUGUUCGAGCAGGAUGUGGUACUGACCCAGAGUCCAACGAGCAAGCGCCCAGUCGGUCUUCAAGGUGAAAAAAGUCCCACUUCCCUCGACAAGGCCAACGGGAAUGUGCAGGCUGAGGCCGAGGCUACUUCCCUCUCCGCGGCGCUCAAAGACGAGGACGAGAUCCUUUCGUCCUUGCAAGGGCUUAUGGACAGCUUCCACAAACAGGUUAGCUUGAUCACCGAACGCCGAGCCGGGGCCGAGUUCUCCUCUUCCGUGAACUUCUUGGCUUCGGUGGAAACAGAGUUGUCCCGCCUACGGAGAUUGGCAGAAGCCGAGCAUGAACGAGCCGCCGAGCUUGAAAUGCAAGCCGUGGCGAAGUCCGAGGAGGUGGUCCGGCUGCAGGGCCUCCUGAAAGAGUCGGAGGAAUCAGCCUCCCAACUGACGGCUUCAAUGGCCGAGCUCGAGGGGCGACUGCGCCAGUCCGACGGCCGGAUCUCCGAGCUGGAUCUUGAACUCGCCGAAGCUGUCUCCGCGCGACGGUCAGUGGAGGUGGAGCGAGAUCAGCUUCUUGCCCAGAGGGAGCAAGCCGUUGCUGCCGAGAAGGAGCGUGCCAUCUCUGACUUCCUUCAAUCCCCGUCCUUCAAAGAAAACUGCCUGGAGAGGAUGGCCGCUUAUUAUGAAGACUGGCUCAAGACCGAGGCUGGCACUGAGAAGAUGGGAGUGGAAGGGACGAAGUGGUUCGAGAGCGGCGUCUAUCAUGGGAUUCAGCUCGUCCUUCGCCGGACCAGAAGAGUAGAUCCGUCCUUCCCUCCGCCUGGGGUCGACAUUCCUAGCCUUAACGCCGAACUCGGAGAGAAUCUAGAUUAACUUGGGACUCCCGAGCACGAGGACGCGGGUGCAGAUGGAGUCGGCGACGAGCUCCCCUCAAAUGCCCUUCCUUAGUGUUUUCCUUGUAAUGCUUGCAAUCUUAGUCUUCACUGUAAUAAAGAUUUGUUACUAUUUUGUUGCAUGCGUGAACAGUUGGGCAGAUUUCUGACAUUAUUUAUUUGAAUAAAUUUGAAUUGCGCCU